AUGGAGGGAGCCUUUACUCACCUCGGAAACCACUUGAUCUCCGAUUCCGCUGCUGCGAUCAAGGCCGGCGCCGACGACCUCUCGACUAUCGAUGCGGACGAGAGCCUCCUUUAUGGUGGCAAGUUUGGGGGCCGCGGCGGACGACGCCGCGCCGAUGACGACGACAACCAGACUGAGCUGUAUGACGAGGAGGACAAUGACAGUCUGACGAGCGCACCCGUUGGCGCUUUGCAAGACCUGAAACUCGGUCACGCUCAAGAGGAGGAGAGAGAGCUGCCUGCGCAUGCCUGCUCGUACUGCGGCAUCCAUUCCCCGAGCUCCGUUGUCAAGUGCCUUGGCUGCAACAAAUGGUUCUGCAGUGCUCGCGGCAACACGACCUCCAGCCACAUUGUCAACCAUCUCGUUCGCGCUCGCCACCGAGAAGUCCAGCUUCACCCUGAAUCGACCCUUGGCGACACUAUCCUUGAGUGCUACAACUGCGGAAGCAAAAACGUCUUCCUGCUGGGAUUCAUCCCUGCUAAAGCCGAUACCGUCGUCCGCGCCUUCCUCCCGUGGCUGGUCGCAACGCCCUCAGACGCCGAGCAGCUGCGCGCCCGUCACUUGACCCCGAAUGUUAUGGCUAAGCUCGAGGAACUGUGGAAAGAGGAUAUGACGGCAACGGUGGCCGAUUUGGACAAGGCGACCAGUAUUGAUGACGAUCCUCAUCCUGUGCUGCUCAAGUACGAAGACCCGUUCCAGUACCAGAAUGUUUUUGGCCCUCUGGUCAAGAUGGAGUCCGACUACGACAAGAAGCUCAAGGAAGCGCAAUCGGAGGACGGCCUUCAGAUUCGCUGGGAUUACGGCCUGAACGGCAAGCAUCUUGCAAGCUUCGAGCUUCACAAGAUAGAGUCCGGCGAUGUGAAGCUGGCUGUUGGUGACGAGAUGCGACUCCGCUACAAGGGAGAGCUUCGUCCAGCCUGGGAAGGCGUUGGCUACGUGAUCAAGAUUCCCAACAAUCACUCUGACGAGGUCACUCUGGAGCUGCGUAAGGCCGGUAACGAGAAGACGGUCCCAACCGAGUGCACCCACAACUUUUCGGCCGAUUAUGUGUGGAAGGCGACUUCAUAUGACCGCAUGCAGCUCGCCAUGAAGACUUUCGCUGUUGAUGACAACAGUGUCUCGGGUUUCAUCGUUCACAAGCUGCUUGGACGUGACGUUGCGGUCGCGCCUAUGAAGACGGCCAUGCCUAAGAAGUUUACCGCUCCUGGACUACCCGACCUCAACCAGUCCCAGAUUUCUGCCAUCAAGGCGGUCCUUCAAACGCCUCUGAGUCUCAUCCAGGGGCCCCCGGGCACUGGCAAGACCGUCACGUCGGCGACAAUCAUCUACCAUCUCGCUAAGAGCAGCGGAGGACAGGUCCUCGUCUGUGCGCCUUCUAACGUUGCCGUCGAUCAACUUUGCGAACGUAUCCACCGCACAGGGCUCAAGGUCGUGCGCUUGACAGCCAAGUCCCGCGAGGAUGUUGAGUCCUCUGUCAGUUUCCUCGCUCUCCACGAACAAGUCCGUAUGAACGACAGCAAUGGCGAGCUUGUCAAACUUGCACAGCUGAAGACCGAGCUCGGCGAACUCUCCAGCCAGGAUGAGAAGAAAUUCAAGCAGCUGACCAAGGCUGCCGAGCGUGAUAUUUUACACAACGCUGACGUCGUCUGCUGCACCUGUGUUGGAGCAGGCGAUCCCCGUCUCUCUAAGAUCAAGUUCCGUAAUGUUUUGAUCGAUGAGUCGACCCAGUCUGCUGAGCCGGAAUGUAUGAUUCCUCUUGUUCUCGGUUGCAAGCAGGUGGUUCUUGUUGGCGAUCACAAGCAGCUGGGCCCAGUCAUCAUGAACAAGAAGGCAGCGAAGGCAGGCCUUAACCAGUCUCUAUUCGAACGACUGGUGAAUCUGCGCCUGCAGCCUAUUCGGCUGAACACCCAGUACCGCAUGCACCCCUGCCUGUCGGAAUUCCCAUCCAACAUGUUUUACGAUGGCUCCCUUCAAAACGGCGUGACGCACGCCCAGCGACUCCGCCGCGACGUCGACUUCCCAUGGCCCGUUGCCGAUACACCCAUGAUGUUCUGGUCGAACCUAGGCAACGAGGAGAUCUCAGCCUCCGGCACAUCUUAUCUCAACCGCACCGAGGCUUCGAACGUCGAGAAGGUUGUGACUCGGUUCUUCAAGGCAGGCGUUAAGCCCCAGGACAUCGGUGUUAUCACCCCGUACGAAGGCCAGCGCAGCUACAUCGUUAGCACGAUGCAGAACACGGGCACUUUCAAGAAGGAAAGCUACAAGGAGGUCGAGGUGGCGUCGGUCGACGCUUUCCAGGGCAGAGAGAAGGACUUCAUCGUGCUCUCUUGCGUGCGUUCCAGCGACAACCAAGGCAUCGGUUUCCUUUCGGACCCCCGUCGCCUGAACGUUGGUCUCACGCGUGCGAAGUACGGCCUUGUCAUCCUCGGUAACCCCAAGGUGCUGUCUAAGCACGAGCUUUGGCACCAUCUCCUUGUCCACUUUAAGGACCGCAAGUGUCUCGUCGAGGGCCCGCUUACCAACCUGCAAAGCUCCCUCCUCCAGUUUGGCAAACCCAAGACGCCGUACCGUCAAAAGUUCAACCAGCCUAACCAAUACGCUGCCGGCGGAUACGGCAGCGGCAAUGGGAACAGUAAUGCAGCCGCUACGGUCCUCCUGGCAGUUCUGUCCGCGACUUCGAUACAGGCUCGUUGUAUCUACAUUCCGACGACGUCUCCUCUAUCCACAGCUCUAGCCUCGGCGGCGCCGGUCUCAACACGACCUAUCCUCAGUUCUUCUCCGGAUUCGGCCACGAAACCUGGCCCGGACUGCCAGGUGCCCCUACUGGUCGAUCUGGCAAUCGCAGGGCCGCUCGUGGCGCAGAGAGCAUCGCUGGCGAGAGUGUGGCCAAUUCUGAGUACACCGAUGCAAGCGCUAGUGUCAUUGGGGCCAAGGGACCGCAGCGACCGUCUCACGCAAUAUGUCAACUCGACCAGCGGGAACCGAAAUGGCCCUGGCAAUGGCUACGGACGUCGCUUCGACAAGGAUGACGAUGAAAAGAGCGUCAGCACUGCCUUCCACAGUCAGAUUGGCGGCGGCUUCGACUGA